GCCUCCCGUUUCGAAUGCGGGGGAACCAGAUGCGCGCCCGUGCGCGGCACAGCUAGUCCGGUUAGAGCUCGGAUUCCAGGAGAGAGAGAAAGAGAGAGAGAGGAAGAAAGCGAGAGAGAGAGAGAGAGAGAGAGCAGCGAGACGAUCGAAAUAUAAACGAGCUGCGAAAGGAAAAAGAGAGAUAUAGAUAGAUAGAGAGAAAGAGCGAGAGAGAAACGACAUAGUAAUAAUAUGAACUGCGGCAUCACUCCGUCCGGGAAAACGCGGAUGUAAAAAAAAAAGAAAGAAAAUUAAAGGACGAAAGAAAAAACAUCGAGCGAUUUUAUUGAAUCCGGAUGGAAUUAUGAGGCUGGAUCUUGGAAUUACCGUUUGCGCUUUCAGAUUGUGAACUAAGACAUUUCUUUACCUCCUUUUGUGAAUUGUCGGAUUUCUUUUUUUUUUUUUUUUUUUUUUUUUUAAUGAUGUCUUGUCGUAUUUUUUAAUUCUACAUACACGCGUUUCUUUCCCAACCCUGAUGUCGGGUGUCCACCAGUAUUUUUUCUAUGCUUUUACAUAUACCCCCGGCGUGACCGAACCCCAGUGGGCGGAUAGCUGGUGAAAAACGCGCUCCUCCACCGACCGAGAAGCUGCUCGAUCUUCUAAACUGAGGCGCGUCAUGGACGGCGAACUUCACGUGUACCUAAAAAACGCAUCCGGCACUGUCGAAUAACUGCUGCUGGAAGAGAUCAGGACAAAUGACAUAGGAUGAACACUGCUGCCCAGCCGUGUCUGUGUUUGCUGUCAUCCCUUCUCACCCUGGCCUGGGUGGCAGUGCCGCUGUGCCAGGCUUCCCCCUGCUCUUCGCUUGUUGCAGGGGUACUUUACGGCUCCUUCUCCCUCAGGGACCUUUUUCCCGGCCCUCACGGCCUGAGGACCGGCUGCUCGUGGACCGUGGAGAACCCUGAUCCCACUAAAUACACGCUAUACUUCCGCUUCAACCGCCAUGCCGGCUUUUGCCUAGCUUUCUCACCUCUCGUGUUGCCCCUGGACCACUACCUCGCCAAUCAGACUUGCGGACAGGCACCGGCUGAGCCAGAAUCCGUAGAGCUGUGCCAGGUGCCGGGUCCUCAUGCUUUCUUGCAAUUUGAUAAGAACUUUGUGCAGUUGUGCCUUGCUGUGGAGACCAAACAAGGUUCGGACGAAGACGGGAAGGGACCUCUAAGCACCGAAACGCUGGACUUCAGACUCGUCGAAGUUCUGCUAAUCAACAACGAGAAUUCCAGCCAGUUUACGUGUGGCGUGCUCUGCCGCUGGUUCGAGGAGUGCCUCCGGUCCGGCUCUGGGAGGGAAAGCGAAGGAUGUGGAAUCACCCAAACUGGAUGUGUGUGCCCUAAUGCUGGGCCUCCUGUACCAAUAUUACCUGUUACCCCUCACAACCACUCUCUGGACCCCAGUGCCAGCGUGUUGCUGCCCCCCACUGAAGACUGCUGCGUCACCCAGCUGCACGGCAAGACUGGCAUCUCCAACAUUGCACCCAGAGAUGUUCAUCAAGAUUUUGAUGAUGACGAGCUGAAGGUCAAGACCCAAAGGCCAAGAUCAGCAGACCAGCCGGGAGUGUUUCAAGCCCAAACAGGUGAUCCAGCGGCCGAAGAGUGGUCUCAGUGGAGUGUGUGUUCGCUGACGUGUGGGCAGGGUUGGCAGGUGCGUACUCGCUCCUGUGUGUCCUCGCCUUAUGGCACACUGUGCAGCGGGCCGCUGAGGGAGACGCGCCUCUGCAACAACACUGCCACCUGCCCAGGUGAGCCACAGCAUCAAGCAGUGGAAGGUCAGUGGUUGGAUUGGGCUUCAUGGUCUGGUUGUUCAGUAUCAUGCGGAAGUGGAACUCAGCAGAGGCAGCGACGCUGCAGCGUGUCCGUACACGGCUGGGCCGAGUGUAAAGGGCCGCACUCGGAAACCAGGGAUUGCACUAACCGGCCUUGCGAUGGAGGUGGAAACUGGGGUUCGUGGAACCAGUGGAGCCUGUGCUCGAAGACGUGCGAUUCGGGCUGGCAGCGUCGCUUUCGGAUGUGCGAAGGCACAGGAAUCCAGAAUUACCCCUGCGACGGUUCAGGGGAGGAAGUGCGCUCCUGCAACGACAAGAAGUGCCCAGCACCUCAUGAGAUAUGCAAGGAUGAGUACCAAGACUUAAUGACAUGGAAGAGAGCUUCAGCUGGAGAGACGGUCUACAACAAAUGUCCAUCAAAUGCCACUGGAUCUGCUAGUCGUCGAUGUUUGCUGGACGCAAAUGGAGUUGCUUACUGGGGUCCUCCGAGCUUCGCCCGAUGCAUCUCACUUGAAUAUAGAUAUUUACAUUUAUCUUUACGAGAGCAUCUUGCGAAGGGUCAGAGGACCCUGGCAGGGGAGGGCAUGUCUCAGAUCGUGAGGAGUCUCCUGGAGUUAAUGUCCCGCCACAGCUAUUACAGCGGUGACCUCUUAUUCUCCGUGGAGAUUCUCCGAAAUGUGACGGACACCUUCAAGCGAGCAACCUACAUCCCAGCUCCCGACGACGUGCAGAAAUUUUUCCAGAUAGUCAGUUUGAUGCUGGACAUGGACAAUCUUCAGAAAUGGGAAGAUGCUCACCAGGUCUCUCCAGGUGCCGUGCUGCUAAUGCGAGUUGUGGAAGACUUCAUUCAUCUCAUCGGCGAAGCGCAAAAGCCUUUCCAAAGCUUUCUCGCUGUCACCACUAACCUCAUAAUCAAUAUCCAACGAGAGCCGGUGUCAGCUGUCUCCAGCGACAUUAACUUCCCCAUGAAGGGAAGGAGGGGGAUGAAGGACUGGGCCCGCUCAGCAGAAGACAAACUUUUCAUCCCUAAAGAGGUCUUCAGUCUGUCCUCUGAUGAAUCCGACGAGGCUUCCUACUUUGUGAUCGGAUCCAUUCUUUACCGCACCCUUGGCUUUAUUCUACCACCACCCAAAGAUCCUCUGGUGAUCAGCUCUAAAAUUUUAAGUGUCACAGUACGUCCUCUACCCAAACCCACUGAGCCGGUUGUAGUGGUGGAACUGGCGCCUCUGCUAAAUGGCACAUCACAGCCACAGUGUGUUGUCUGGGACCACACCAGCCUUGAGGCCGGCGAGGAAAACUGGGACGCCGAAGGCUGCAAAACGAUCCCGUCUCCGCCGCUUCACACUAAAUGCCUCUGCAGCAAGAUUUCCACCUUCGCAGUGUUGGCACAGAAAGCCAAAGACCCAGACAUGGGAUCGUCCAGCUUGCCCUCAGUACCGCUCAUGGUGGGCUGUGGGGUCUCCUGCAUGGCUUUGCUCAUCUUACUGGUCAUCUAUGCUGCCUCCUGGAGGUACAUUCGCUCAGAGAGGUCUAUCAUUUUGGUGAACUUUUGUCUGUCCAUACUGGCUUCGAACAUACUUAUACUAGUGGGACAGUCUCAGACACUCAGCAAGGGGCUUUGCACUAUGACUGCUGCCUUUCUUCAUUUCUUCUUCCUGGCCUCUUUUUGCUGGGUUCUAACAGAGGCGUGGCAGUCUUACCUUGCCGUCAUUGGAAAGAUGAGGCCACGCCUCAUUCGCAAGCGUUUCCUGUGUCUGGGUUGGGGUCUACCAGCCCUGGUUGUUGCUGUGUCUGUAGGAUUCACCAGAGCAAGAGGCUACGGCACAACGAACUAUUGCUGGUUGUCUCUAGAAGGAGGUCUGCUCUAUGCAUUUGUUGGUCCUGCAGCCGUCAUUGUUUUGGUGAACAUGCUUAUUGGGAUCGUUGUCUUCAACAAGCUCAUGUCAAGAGACGGCAUCUCGGACAAAUCGAAAAAGCAACGAGCCGGUCCAUCGCUGGAGGCGCGUAGCAGACUGCUCCUCCAGUGCUCCAAGUGUGGGGUGAUCUCCAGCACCGCUCUGUCCAGCUCCACCGCCAGCAGCGCCAUGACAUCGUUGUGGAGCUCCUGCGUCGUUCUGCCGUUGCUGGCUCUCACGUGGAUGUCAGCGGUGUUAGCCAUCACGGAUCGACGCUCCACGCUCUUCCAGGUGCUCUUCGCAGUCUUCGACUCGGUCCAAGGCUUCGUCAUCAUCACUGUUCACUGUGCCAUGAGGCGAGAGGUCCAGGACGCUGUGCGCUGUCGAAUGGGCGGCUGUAAAGACGACAGCGAAAACUCGCCCGACUCCUGCAAAAAUGGCCAGGUGCAGAUCAUGGCCGAUUUUGAGAAAGACGUGGACCUGGCAUGUCAAACAGAAAGAGGACAUCCAUUCAUCUUCAAGGAGGUGAACACAUGCAACCCGGCCAGCAUCACGGGCACUCUGUCGCGCAUUUCCCUGGACGACGAGGACGAUCUGAAGUUAGCCACGCACCAAGAAGGUCUCAACUUUAGCAGUCUGCCUGGCAACAUCCCCCCACCCAACCUUCUGGCACAAGUGUCCACUCUGGGGGCGUUAAACGAGCUUAACGAGACACCCCGCAAAAAGGAGAUCAACGUGGAACAGGGCCAGCAUCAACGCUCAGCACCAGUCUACCUGUGCACCGAGAGUGCACUGAGUUGGGCACGGUCGUCUACUGCUGCAACUGAUCCAGCAAGCAGUGUAGGUGGUGGUGAAGAGGACUACAUGGUACUACCACGGCGGACGGUGAGCCUCAAGCCCAAUCCCAUUCCGAAAGAGGAAAAACCUCUCAAUAUUAGUGUGGAUGACCCACCUUUUCCUCCACCCCCUUCACCCAUGACUCUUCACCCGGCUGAGAGUGAGCCAUAUCCAGCGGACUUUGCUAAUGUGGACCACGUUAGUGUCAGUCUUAACCGAUCCUAUGGGACUAUCAAGCAGGUCCCUGGUCUCUCCAGUGCCCACACGCUGCAGGUGAAGCAAAGUCGGCCCUCCAUCAGGCAGAUCUUCACUUCUGGCAAGGCGGAACGCACCAGGACCCUGCCCCGCAAUUUGCGUGCCAACAAUGCCAACACCAACACCAACGUCUCAGCUGGCUCCCUGGAAAGGAAAAGAGUACGGUACUCUGAGCUGGACUUUGAGAAAGUGAUGCACACUCGCAAAAGACACUCAGAGCUCUACCAUGAACUCAACCACUCCACCAAGUUCCACACCAUAGAUAGGUAUAGCAGGGACCCUGCCACAGCCAUGUUCAAGGACAAGGCCACAGCAGACGAUCAGCAAUCCUGGGACAGCUUUAAGAAAAUGAUAACUGAGACAUCAUCUGUUUCGGGCGGACAGAAAGCGGAUCGCGUCGAGCUGCACAGUAAAACCUGGGACGCUUCCACCGCAAACACUCCGGACACAUCCGAGGGAGACUUCCAGACUGAAGUGUGAGGAAAAAAAACCCUUGCCAAAAAAAAAUACAAAUAAAAACUGGAAUGAGAUGUACCAAAAGGAGAAACUACAAAAGAGGAUUAUACAUUUGUUUACGAGAAUAGACCAUUCAAAUACAAACAAAAAACAAAAACAUAUAUUUUCACACGGACCCUUUCAGCCAAUGAAAAAAAAGGGUCUCGGCGAGUAUACGAGAGAAUUUUUAAUGAACUGUUUCUGAAAAUGUCUUGAUUUUACUCCGAAAGGAUUCUCUUUCACACAUUUGGAAAAUUUGGAAGAAAAAAAAUAUUUCUGCACCAUCGUUUUUUAUAGAGAUUUCAAAAAACAAAUCAAACAAAAAAAAAUGAAACCCACCAACGUAUUCAUGUUUUCGCAACACAUGACCGGCGCCGUAGUUAUUUUUUCUUUCCGCCUUCAUGUCCUGUCUUUCCUAAUAAAUGACUUUUUUUUGGAGGGGGGGAGGGGGAAAACAGGGAGAGGUUUAACACGAUUCAUUAAUAGAAUCAAGAAGAAAACCUCUUUUUGAACUUUUUUAUUUCCAUUUUCCUGAUUCGUUUGCCGAAACAGUGGUAGAUUAAACAAAAAAAUCAGUGCAAGUACGUUUUUUUCCUGAUGGAUGUUUUUUUUUUUUUUGCUAUGUUCCUUUUUUAAUUAAAUAGCGAUCGAAUAUUGUGUGUUAUUCUAAGUCAAUUGCAUAAGAAAAUAAUCAAGGGGGGAAAAAAAAGAGAUAUCGUUUCAAUAUACCCCACCGAUUCUGUUCAUCUCAGCCGAAAACACUCAUGAAGAUCCCAUUUUUGCGAGAUAAAAUGCAGUGCUCCUGCAGUAUCUCUCUUUGCUCUGUGAUAUCAUUCACCCGCUGCUUGGAGUGCUUAUUGAUUCCGAGUUGAUUCAGUGGCUGCUAUCCACUUAAAAUGGAGGAGAGAGGGAGGGAGGGGGGAUAAAAAAAGGCCGUUGCCAGUGACCCUAAACUAUCCGUUAGCGAAAAGUCUAUUUGUAAUAGAGGCUCAAUAAAGGAAUUUGUAAAAGGCUAAGCAAUGCCAUAACACCAGAGCCUGCAUCAGCAUUGCUUAGAGAGAUCUAUUGCUCCUCAUUUCUCUGUUGAAGUCAUACCGAAGUCAUGGAAGUCGAUAGAAAAAAAAGAGCGGUUUGUUCUUCCUGCACUUUGGGGGUUUCCUCAGGGUUCUCCGGUUUCCUUUGUCAUUCCAAAAGAAGUGUGGCUGAUUGCGCCAUGUCCAAAGGGUCCAGAAUGUGUGUGUAUGAGUGUGUAUGUAAAGAUAUGGCAACCCAUCAAGUCCUUAGGGAAGAUAGAUAGAUGGAUGGAUGGAUGAAUGGAUGGAUGAUCAAGUGCAUCAUUUUCUAAUGCUCUAUGGUACAAAACUGCACUGUUCCUUGUUGCCAAGUUGUUAAAAAAUACUUGUACUAUAACUAUAAAGUAAACUACACCUAGAAAGGUAUGCAGCUUUAUUAUAAUCCAAGGUACACCAUCAGGAGACACCCAAUGCGAUUUCUGCGAUUCCACAUUUUGUCCCCGUUUUCUCUUAUAAUAACCUUCACUCUUCUGGAAAGAUGUUCUACCAGUCAUAGUUUUUGGAGAUUUGGAGCCACAAGGGCAUUAGUAAAGUCAAGGACUGAUGUAGGUGAGGAGAUCUGGGGUUGUACGCAGCGUUCUAAAUCAUUCUAAAGGUGUUUGAUAGGGUUUUUUAGCAGGUCAUUGAAGAUCUUCAACUCCAACUUAUGUAAAACAUAUGAACACAUGAACCAAAUGUCUGCCUCCAUAUUGUUAUUGUUUUCUUAUCACAGACUUUUAAUUAGAAUCUUUGUUUUUUCAAUGGAAAACACAAAAAAAUACACAAUUUAGAUUCUAGCAAUGGAAUAUUUGGAAAAUAUGGUUAAAUACGUUCAAACUCACGUAAAUGCUGAAUCUUACACGCGGUUCGAAGAUAUUUGGCGGUCUGGGAAAACCGAGUUUGGUUUCGAAAGGUGCACAUGAACAAAAAGAAAAUUUCCAACAAACUUUAUUAUUAUUUGUAUUAUUUAGGCUACGUUAUAACCUUGUUUUGGCUGCCUGUCUAGAACGAUCAGAGCAGUUUAACAAACACCUGAAUCUGAAAUAAAUCCUCGCUAGCGUGAUUCCCUCACUGUUUGAUCACAUUGCAUGGGGCACAGGAGUCCUCAAAUGGAUGAAUGUCCUAAUUAAAAGACAUUGAUUAUGAAUUUUUUUCCAACAGAGCCACAAGAUUCAUUUUUCAAUGCUAUAAAUAAUAUUUACCUCAGGUUGUGAGAUAGGGCAUGAUGCUAACACAAUCCCAAAAAGAAAAAUCUAGUGGAGUCGUGAAUGAAAUCUUGGAGAUAACAAUAUACCAUGUAUAGUUUAGUGCAUUCCUCUAGGAUAUUUACCACAGGAUUACACAAAGCUAGCUAAAACAAAGAUAAACAGGAUUUAGUGCAGCAAAAGAAACAGUGCAAAAAAUGACUGCAAUGAUGUGUAUCAAUCGAGCUUCUUAAUGAGGAGAGUGAUUGCCUGUGGGAAGGUUUGAAAUGGUUGAAAACUUGAAAAAGAAAACAGGACAAGAGAUAGAAAUGAUUUUAUAAUAAAAUUGAUAAUGAAAAGAACCUAAAAUGAGACUUGUGUUUCGAUGUUGUGAGUAAUUUUUACCUCAUAAAAUUCAAAAGUCUAGUGUAGGAGUGAAUACACAGAAGUCUUGGAUAUAACCCAAUACAGUAUAGUAGGGACCAGAACCAGGACUGGUGAUGCUACAUAAAACAUCAUUUACCACAGGAUAACACAAGCUACAUUUAGAUGUGUACAAGGAUUUAGUGCAACAACAAGGGCAGUUAUAGAAAAUGUGAAAAAUUCAAAAUAGGUCAUUAAAAGUUUAAUUUUAUAAGUAUAAAAUGGUUUUCCCAAACUGCCAAAUAUUCUGGAACUAUUUUUUCUUUCGUUUUUUUCUUUUUUUUCAGAUAUGUUUAGCCUGAUCUUCUACGCUCUAUUGGAGCCACUUUUAGUUAAAAUGUCUCUUUGUGGCUUUCGUACUCAUGCGCUAAUACGCUUUGGUAAGCCGCAAUGCUACGCCCCAAGGAUUCGAUCCUGGAAAAUGUUCACAACAAAAGAAAAAGUACAAUAUUCUUGUUGGGUUCUUAUAAACAAACACUUAAAAACAAACAACAACAAAAAUUUCAAUUUUUUUGUUUAAUGCUAACACGCCACUGGCGAAGACUCGGGAUGAAUCCUGACGUCGCCUGAGUAUCGAGGUCAUUUUUGUUUCCUCCUUCCCAAUGCAGCUCAUACCAAUUAGGCCAGUUGUGUAAGCUGAUGUAACCGCACAUGGAGGUUUGGCGAGAAAGAGAAAGAGCGAGAUAAUUACCUUUAGGGCUGACAAUUUGUCCUGACAUUUUCCUGCCCGGUGCAACAACCAUCUGCUCAAAGAUCCCUGAAGUCACUACAUCAUAUAGACACAGACCACAGUCCACGACGGCGCCCAUUUUGACCUUAAGAACUCAUCUGCAGUAAUCGAGAACAUGUCACUGGGAAACGACCCUUUUCCCUCCACUGUGAUUAGAAGCGCUUUCCACUACAAUUUGCUGACGGACGAGAAGCGAUUAUUUUUAUGCCCUCAGACGAACUAACGCUCGAGCCGCCGUCGUACUCGCAGUCUUUUGUCGAGUAACACCGCUUAGCUAGCGUUAGCAUCACUUCGAAUUGUAAGCGCGGCAGGUAAGUACGAUUCACACGCUCCGUGUUUGCACUUGUUUGAUUUUAAUGCUCCUUCUACUUUUACUAACAGUGCCUGUGUUUUUUUUUCUUUUCUUUUUUUUCAUAUUGUCACUCUGCUUUUUUACUUUUUUUGUUAAGUAAUAAAAUAUUUUUGUUUUCAUUUUCAAUUUUUUUUCGUGUCCAACAAAGGUUUCCAUGCGUUAAAACUUGUUUGCAUCGACAUUCAAAAAAUGUCCGCCCCUCCCCUCCUCAAUAUAUGCUUGUAUUGAUUUUUUGCAAAAAAAAAAAAAAAAGAAAGAAAGAAA